UCGGUGUUCAGUGUUUAAAAUGGGAUCCAGAGGAGACUCUGUCUGCGUCUCGAUGUUCUGUUUGGUUUUCUUUAUCCUCGCGCUGCCGCCCAGCCUGGCAGAUGUGAGCUAUUCUAUUCCGGAGGAGAUGAGACGCGGAUCUGUCAUUGGGAGUAUAGCGAAGGACCUCGGGCUCGAUGUUAAAGGACUCUCAGCGCGCAACGCCCGGAUCGAUACAGAAGAUGAUGACAGCCAUUUUGUUGAUAUUCAGCGGAACACUGGAGAUCUGAUUGUUGCCGGGAGGAUUGACAGGGAAGAGCUUUGUGGUCGGAGGGUUUCCUGUUCUUUAAAAUACGAGCUCGUGCUGGAGAACCCUCUGGAAUUACACCGCGUUUUACUCCAAAUUCAGGAUAUAAACGACAAUUCACCUCAGUUUCCGAAUGAGGUUUUUAAACUUGAAAUUAGGGAAUCCGCAGUUAAAGGCGCGCGCUUCCCCUUAGACGAGGCGCACGAUGCGGAUAUCGGACAGAACGCGGUUCAGAGCUACACGCUACAACGGAAUGAACAUUUUGUUUUGGCUGUUCAUACGAACAUAGACGGAGGGAAAUACGGCGAGUUAGUGCUAGAAAAAGAGCUGGAUCGCGAGGAGCAGACGGAGGUGACGUUAUUACUUACUGCCGCUGACGGAGGGAGUCCACAGAGAUCUGCUACUGUAGUUAUACACGUCACUGUGCUGGAUGCUAACGAUAAUAUCCCCGUGUUUAGCCAGGCUGUGUAUGAAGUCAGUCUUCCUGAAAACUGUCCAUUAGGUGCUGUAGUGCUCACAGUCAGCGCCACUGACGCAGACGAGGGCGCUAACGGUCAAGUGACGUAUGAGUUCAAUCGUAUGUCAGAUAAAGCAGCAAAGUUGUUUAGUAUUGACAGGGUGACCGGGGAAAUUCAUGUGAUUGGAUCAAUAGAUUAUGAAAAAGAGACACAUUAUGAAAUGCAAACUAAAGCAAAAGAUGGAUCUGGUUUGGUAUCUAGUGCAAAAGUAAUUAUCGAAAUCACUGACGUGAAUGACAACGCCCCUGUGAUAUUUCUGAAAUCUCUGAACAAUCCCAUACCUGAGAGCGCGUUACCUGGCACAGAGGUGGGCAUCGUUAAUGUUCAGGAUAAAGACUCCGGGGCAAAUAGACAGGUCCGCUGCUCCAUUCAGCAGAAUGUUCCUUUCAAGUUAACCCCCUCCAUCAAAAACUACUACUCACUGGUAACUACAGGACAACUGGACCGGGAACUAGUCACGGAGUAUAACAUCACAAUCACUGCUACUGACGAGGGCUCUCCGCCCUUAUCUUCCUCAAAGACUGUGCAGUUAUCUGUGUCAGACGUUAACGACAACCCGCCUGUGUUUGAUCAACAGUCGUACAGCGCCUCUGUGGCUGAAAAUAACAAACCUGGCUACUCUGUUCUUUCUGUGCGGGCGAGAGACCCGGACUGGAGACAGAACGGCACGGUAUUCUAUUCUCUGCUGUCCGGUGAGAUCAGCGGUGUCCCGAUAUCCUCGUUUUUAUCGGUUAACGGAGACACGGGGGUUAUCCAUGCGGUCAGAUCAUUUGAUUAUGAGCAGUUGAGAAGCUUCAAAGUCCACGUUGUUGCCAGGGACAACGGUUCUCCUCCACUCAGCAGUAACGUGACUGUGCGUGUGCUGGUGACUGAUGAGAAUGAUAACUCUCCACAGAUACUAUACCCUGCUCCUACAGGGAACUCCUUCAUGACUGAGAUGGUCCCCAAAGCUGCUCACGCGGGCUCCCUGGUCUCCAAGGUGAUAGCUGUGGACGCGGACUCUGGACAGAACGCGUGGCUGUCCUAUCAGAUCGUGAAACCCACUGAUCCGGGACUUUUCACUAUCGGGGUCCACAGCGGAGAGAUCCGGGUACAGCGGGACAUUUCUGAAUCUGACGCCAUGAGGCAGAACCUUGUUGUCUCGGUGAAAGAUAACGGACAGCCCUCUCUCUCUGCAACCUGCGCAGUGUAUUUAGUGAUCUCAGAUAACUUGGCUGAAGUCCCCCAGCUGAAAGACAUGUCUCGUGAGGAGAACAAUUCCAAACUGACUUCAUAUUUGAUCAUCGCGCUGGUGUCCGUCUCCACCUUCUUCCUGACGUUUAUUAUUCUGACGGUGGCCGUGAGGUUUUGCCGCAGAAGAAAACCCAGACUGUUGUUUGACGGCGCAGUCGCCAUUCCCAGCGCAUAUUUCCCUCCCAACUACGCAGAGGUGGAGGGAGCAGGAACUCUGCGCAGCUCUUACAAUUAUGACGCGUACCUAACAACGGGCUCGCGCACCAGCGACUUCAAGUUCGUCAGAUCUUACAAUGACGUCACGCUGGCCGCCGAUCAGACCCUGAAGAGGAGCCCGGAUGAAGCCGGCCAGCCCUUCUACGCCUAA